AUGAAUAGAAGAUUUCUUUUACUUUGUUUCUUUACCAUAUCAGAAGCAUCACUACAAUGCUUUAAUGUCAUUCCAAGUAAUGCGAUAUCGAAUUCCGAUCCGAUUGCUGAAUUGUUUCACGUCACAGCUGGCGAGUGUCUGAACUAUUGUAUUCAACAAUCAGCGCAAAAAGGGGAUGGAUGUGUUUCGGUCGUUUUCCACAGAAACUUCAAUACAUGCCAAUUAUAUGGACAUGACGGCACACUUGAUGACGCACAAUUAGUAUACCUUGAAGAACAUGAAUUGUACAUUCGCUCCAGUUGGGAAGGGCCCUGUCAGGACAAAGAAGUGCCAAAAAGAGGUUAUCAACAACAACCUGCACGAUACGUUGCUCCAUCUCAGCAACGCAUCACCGUUUCUCCUCAUGAUUAUGUUCCGCCUAAUAAUAAUAAUCAAAAUACCAACAAUAACUUCUUCGUUGUUCCAAAGUCCCAGCCUCUUUCAAAUGUUGAUUUACCAAAGAUUGAUGUGAAUUCUAUUCGUGAAGGGGUUCGAAAAUCACCACAAAACUUUGAAAGCGCUAUUAUCAAAGAAAUGGACGAACUUGAAUCGGAGGAUUAUUUUGUUCAAACGACGACAGCAAAAACUCUAAGGAAGCCGAACUCAAUGACAACUUUUAAAAACCCAACUAGAGGAUAUAAGUGCCCAAACAAGCAAGAUGUUCUCUCUUAUUUCAUCGUUUAUGGAGCACGAAUGUUCACAAAAUCAGUUCCGCAACGAUUGAAUGGAGUUGAUCAAAGCAGUUGCGCGAUGUAUUGCAGCCAAAAUAUCAAUGCAAUAGGAAAUAAUAUCCCGUGCUACUCGUUCAAUUAUGAAGGAGCCAACGAAAUUUGCGAGAUGUAUAAUAAACAAGAUGAGCUUCAUUGGUCAUGGGCUUCGUUGGCUAUCGAUCAGGAUUACGUUUUUGCAGACAAAUUCUGCAUUAAUACCAAAAAGGAUUGUCCUGCUGAAACAAAUUAUCCAGUUCAUUUGUAUAGACAAAUCAAUCGAAAUAUAAUUAGAAAAAUUGCGGGAUUGAAUUCAAAAGUUGCAUGUUUAGCAGAAUGCAUUGAUAACGAGGAUUGCAAGGCGGUUACAUACAAAUCAGCACUUUGCGUGCUUCACAACUCUUCUCCGUCCGAUGAUCCAAGAAUUCUCAGCGAAGGAACUGAAAAAACAAUGGUUAUUGAAAAUGGGUGUUAUGUUCAAUUAAAAACUGAUGAGGACUUGACCACUAAAGUUAAAGUUCCCGAAGAACAAUCAUCCGAUUCUUGGCAAGAAUGGAGUUUAUGCCAAUUUGGUGUGAAGGGCAGAAAAAUGAGAGUGAGAACUCGAGAAUGCGACGAAUGCGAAGAUAAUCUGCAAAUGGAAGAAUGUUGA